AUGGUCGUGGCAACAAUUAAAUGUGUUGUCGUCGGUGACGGUGCCGUUGGCAAGACCUGCCUUUUGAUCUCCUACACGACGAACAAGUUCCCUUCCGAAUAUGUUCCCACGGUGUUCGAUAACUAUGCCGUCACGCGUCAUUGGUGCUCCCGAUGUCGCUGGCUCGACAAAUGCGAUGGCGUCUGUGGACAAAUAUCGGAAUCUGCAACUGACUCGAUCCCGUUGCGCAAUAGGAUUGGCGAUGAGCCCUACACCCUGGGAUUGUUCGAUACUGCUGGUCAGGAGGAUUACGAUCGUCUCCGUCCUCUUUCGUACCCUCAGACGGAUGUCUUCCUCGUUUGCUUUUCGGUCACUUCGCCUGCCUCCUUUGAGAACGUACGCGAAAAGUGGUUCCCCGAGGUGCACCACCACUGCCCCGGUGUCCCCUGCCUGAUUGUGGGCACCCAAACCGAUCUUCGCGACGAUCCCGCGGUCCGCGAGAAGCUUUCCCGCCAGAAGAUGCAACCGAUUCGCAAGGAAGAUGGAGACCGUAUGGCCAAGGAGCUGGGCGCAGUGAAAUACGUCGAGUGUUCUGCUCUCACGCAGUACAAGCUCAAGGACGUUUUUGACGAGGCCAUUGUUGCCGCGCUCGAGCCUGCUCCCAAGAAGUCGAAGAAGGCAGGCCCGUACGCUCCGGAGGGUUCCAGGCCUGUCAUUGAUGCAUCGCAGACACGUCGUAUGAUUUUGGGAGACUGA